AGGCGGUAUCACAUGUUCGGGGAGAGCCACACUACCAGCAGUGUUUUGGCUGAACAGCCGGAGGAGAAACAGGAAGUGCAGAGGAACACAGAGCAGGCUCAUAAGCUCACGCUACACACACAAUAGAUCAAUUUCUCAGUUAAGGUGCUGACUAUGGAGGGAACUACAACACAAGAUGAAAUUCACCAGGAGGAGAAAGAAACACCAGAAAGCAGUGAGGGAGGGUGGACAGAUCCAAAAGAACGAGAGUUGAGACUGGUGCUGCUGGGCUCAGCGGGUAAAGGGAAGAGCACUGCGGUCGAUGCCAUCCUGGGCGGCCUGACAUCUGAGUCCGACUGUUCGGGCCCCGAGACUCCAGUCACUGCCUGUCAGAAGAGGCGCGGCACGCUGGCAGGACGACAGGUGUCUGUUGUGGACACACCUGACUGCCUGUGCAUCGAGCGUCCCGCUGAGGACGUCCGCCGCCAGUUUUCACUCUGCGCGGCUUUAUCGGCCCCGGGGCCCCACGCUUUCCUGCUCUGUGUCCCUGUUCACCGGCCCAGCAAUCUGGAGCUCCAGAUUUUGGAGACCAUCGAGAAAGUGUUUGGUCCUGAAGCAGUUAGUAAACAUGCAAUGGUGCUCUUCACCCGCAUGGACCGCCUGCCUGAGGAAGUUUCACUGGAUGAGUAUCUCAGCACAGAACGGGUCGACUUACUGGAGCUCGUACAGAAGUGUGGGGAUCGACAUCACCCGCUGCGGGCAGGAGCGAACGCAGAUGAGAAGGAGCUGCUGAUAAAGGUGGAGCAGAUGGUCAAAGAAAGCGGGACUCAAUUCUACACCUGCCCUCUCUUGAAGGAGGCAGAGAGGAGAGUGAAAGAGAAGGAGGAGGAGAUCUUGAGAGGCAGAAGAGAAAGAGGGGAAGACAAUUCGGAGGGAGUAAGGGCCGAAGCAGAGAGAAGUGUGGACGAUCUGGUGGUUGAGGGAAUCGCAGACCUCUGCGUCUCCACGCCUGACCCCUCAUUCUUACGCUGGCUGUGGGACAGCGUGGUCGGGUGGCUUCUGUGGCUCCCGAAUAUGGUGAGGGGCAGUACUUUACUGGGGUCGUUCGUGGGGUUGUUCGUCGGGGGGCCCUUAGGAGGGGCUAUGGGAGCAACGGUGGGCUCUGUGGCAACGGAGGUGGGUCGACGGAAACGAAAAACCAAUUGAGCACUUGAAUUUGGUAACAGCUUAUUGUAUUUUUUAUUGUAACGUUAAAAAACUGAUUAGAUUAUACAUUCCAAUGUGAAUAUAGAAUUGGGUAAUGAACACUAUGAAAUGCUUUUGCAUGUUUCUAGUUGAAUAAAUUUUUUUUCCCCAUUAUAACUAAACAAUUUGAGUGAAGUGAAUAGAAAAAUGAACAUGAAGUUCAAAGUCUUAGGGUCAUGCGGUUGCUAUUCACUUCUGAUACAGAAAUAGCGCAGAAUGUUUCUUUUUAAAAUGAAUUCAACCUAUUAAAAUCCUUAAAUGUUCAUUUUAGAUCGAUUUACAGAUUUUCAGUCUAUAUAAAAUAAAUGAUUUGUGUAUCUGUAUUAUUAUAUCUCUAUUAUAUAUUUAUUAAAUAUAUUAUAUAAAUUUUAAUAUAAGCAUAAAUGAAAAAAAUCUAAUAAAAAUAUGGAAAGAUGCAAGGGAUUCUGGCUAUGAAAUGCGAUAAUGUUUGUUAAUGUUAUUCAUGAAAAAUACUAAAAAGUGUUACCAAAGAGUGCUUAGAGAGUCCAAAAGCAAGACUAUUUUUAAUGGUGAACGAAGAGAAGGGUUUAGAUGUGUCUUUGAGAUUCUCUUCUCUUAUUGUGUGCACCCUUCAUUUUGCACUAAAGCUUUUUUGCCUUAAAAGCUGGAUGAGUUUAAAAAGAAUCUGUUUCAGAGCUCUGUAGAGUAAUGGAGUGAAGAUUACGUUCUUAACACUGUCAUCAAAAAGCUUUAUUCCACACUUUAUAAACUCACUGUCUCACUACUACUAAUCCUGAAGUGCUUUCUUUGAAGUGAGGACUGAACUCGAAGUGCACUAUAAAGUCUGAAUUUGUUUACAGACUGCAAACAUCUCUGGAUCUAGAUGCAUAAGUGUUUUUAUUAGGUCACUGCUGCACUAAUCAGCUGCUAUGGAAUAAAUGCAUGUUGCACACUUUGAGACAGAUCAUAAAUUAAUAACGCUCCUCAUAUAAGCGGUUUUAAUGUGCAGUUUUGUCACUUAAUUGGUUUGCAGUUCAAAUAUUUCUGCAGCUGUUCUGGAGUAUGAAAAUAAAUCGGCAUAAUGGAAACAAUCA